AUGGCUCUUCUACGUGCCAACUCUCGGCUAUCGCUUGUGUUGCAGACGCAGACGCGACAGAUCCGUAUUGCUCACAGUAUGUUUAAGCCAAUCACUCCACCUGCGCUGGCAGAAGUACCUGGACUCUACAAAGAGCUAGUUAAGGCCAAGCUGGCUGGCCUUGUAGCACUGACGACAAUGUGUGGAUAUGCAAUGGCACCUGGUGCGGCAACAGUGGCAAAUUUAUUAUACACCACGAUUGGAACAGGAUUGUGCAUUUCAUCAGCGAAUGCAAUCAACCAGUGGAUUGAGGUUCCAUAUGAUGCCCAGAUGCUCCGAACCCGUAAUCGAGUACUGGGUCGCCGACAGCUGUCGUCUUUCCAUGCAUUCAGUUUUGGUGUAUUAACUGGUACGACCGGCGUAGCAUUGUUGGCAACUAUGGUGAACCCUUUGACAGCGGCACUGGGGGCUGCAAAUGUGCUUCUCUAUACAGCUGUAUACACACCCAUGAAGCGUGCAUCAAUUGCAAACACCUGGGCAGGUGCAGUUGUGGGAGCUAUUCCACCAAUGAUGGGCUGGGCAGCUGUUACAAACGGAUUGGAACCCGGAGCAUGGGUAUUGGGUGGCAUUUUGUAUGCCUGGCAAUUUCCUCACUUUAAUGCGCUUGCAUGGAACCUCAGAGCAGACUAUUCCAAGGCUGGAUACCGUAUGAUGUCUGUGACUGAUCCCAAGCUCAAUGCACGUGUCUCUCUGCGCUACAGUCUGGCCAUGAUUCCUCUCUCUCUCAGUCUUCCUCUUCUUGACAUAACUACUUGGUUGUUUGCUGUCGAUUCUACAAUUGUUAAUGCUGCUCUUAUCUGGGGAGCCGUCAAAUUCUGGCGCAACAGUAACGAGAAGACCAGCCGACAAUUGUUUUUCGGCAGUAUCAUUCACCUGCCCGUUUUACUGGCCCUCAUGAUGGUCCACAAGACAAAUUCGACCUCAACCGAGGAAGAGGAAGAAUAG